UAAAGAAUUUAUUAAAUAAAUGUACAAUAUUAUUAGUUGUUUCCAUUUUAAUGUAAUGUAAUGACUGUUGUGCCUUUACAAUAGUGCUACUGCGUAGUUCCAAAUCAGCCUAAAAUGUAAUACAUUUUAGGGCAUUAAUGACGAUCUAAAGAUAAAGGAAGUUUAACUCGUGUUUGAUUUCAAAAUCUCAGUGGUUAUAUAAAUGUAUUGUGCUAUACUUCUUGUUUCAGUAACAUUUGAAACAAACAAACAAACAAACAAACCCGAAAAAACCCCCACCCACAAAAAACCAUGGCUGCAGCUGAAAGUGAUGCUAAUCAAAAUGUUCACUCCGAGGUACUGGUUACUGACGAUUCAGGUACUGUAAAAAUAAACUGGGGUUUCAGUUCUAAAUUAAAGAGACAGAACACAUUUUCAGUUUAUUAACAGAGGAAACUUCCUUCCUCAUAAAUUGCUGCAAGGAAUCUGCUUGUAUCUGAAAAAUGUACAUUUGACUGGGGUGGUCUUGCAGUUCCUUCUUACUGCCGAUGGGUCGCCCAGUAUCUUUCUUACAUGGUCUGGAGCAUAUCUGAUUGCUUGGUCUAACACUAUGCAAGUAUUUGUGUAGGGAUUCUAGGUUACAGGAUUUUACAUCAGGAAUUGAUUUAGUGUUUUCCUCCUUACUUCCCUUUCUUUUUUUCUUUUUUUCCCCCCAUUAUUUCAAGCAGUAGAAAUGUUCAGGUUAAUUCUAGUAUUUGGUGAAUAAGAGAGUCCUAGAAACUGUCUCUAAGAAGCAAUACAGAAGUAUUUAGUUUGUCUUGUCUUUCCUCUUUUAAGUGUAAGACUGUUAAUUUCUUGAUAUUUCUGAGCACCUUGUUAAGGUGAAUGUUUUUGCACUUCUUGUAUGUGUCCAGUUGUUUAAUAUACUCUAUUGAGGAACUUUCCCUGAUGCUGAAUCUAAACUUUCUCUGGCAACAGUUUGUCCUAGAAAACACUUGGAGACUCCUAAACAACCCUACUCCUUUCAUUCUUCUACAACCUCACAGCAAAAAUCAGAGUUUAGUACUGAAAGAUGAAACUAUCUUUAAGGAUUCAAAAUACAAUCUUUUCUAUUCCCAAACUUACAGGAUUUCCUCUGUUAAGGUAUAAAAAGAAAGCUGCAAUAAGGAAAUCUCCAGUGAUAGAAACAUAGGAAGGAAUUAUGGAAAAUAAGAUCACAAAGAACAAAAUUCUUUUAGAUUCCAGUUCUGGAAGCUGCUUGAGGAUAAAUUAAAGUGAAUCCUUCAUUUGGGGUAUUGGUGUCUUAGUUGUAGACAUCAUUAGUGUAAACAAUACCAUCUAUAUAUUUUACUUCUGCUGAAGUGAUUAAUAGGCCUGCCAUCAUGGAAGCUAGCACCUUUCCAAGGGAACUGGCUCAGCAACUUUAAAGUUAACAGACCAGAAAGUAAAUUUUAAAAGACUGUCACAUGAAAAUGAAAGGCACUCCUCAUCACCUACAGCUUAAUAACUUGUAAUUAAUAGUAAAUACAUAAAGGAAAUUUAUAUAGCCUUUGUGAUGUUUAUAUGAAGUUGUAAAUGGACAAGCCUACAGUUCAGUCCAUUGAGAGAGAGUAAGAAUAUAUAUGAAUGAAGACAUAAUGAACUUUCUUACAGAAAUCUUAAUUCUAAAAAGUAUAAAACAUUCCCUGAGAAGACUGAAAUGCCUCUUAUCUGCAAAGAAAUCUGACUUAUGUUGAGCACUAGUUACAGAAGCAGAAGUUCAAAGUGUUUUCUCUGGCUUUAAAGAUUUUUAAUCUGUAUCAACUAACUAAAAGCUAGAUGAACAAGAUCAUUUAAGGUCAUUCCAUCAGUGAUGUUUAUCAUAUUAGUGCAACAGAAUAGACCCAUGCUAUUCAACUUUCUUAUGAGUGCUUGACUCUGUUGGCAGCAGCAGGAUGUAUAAACAGUAGAAAUUGGGGAAAGACUUUCUGCUUGUAAAAAAUAGCUACUUGAGCUAAUUAUGGAAUGGGAAUGGUGAUUUUUAGAUGCCUACACUAAAUGCCAGAUUCUCCUUAUGUUUUUCAGAAGUGUGGAAGAAGUAUGCAAUUGUAACUCUUAAAGGUUAAAAUACUGCUGAAAGUCGUCCCAAUAAAAGUCAUCAUAGAAGCUUAUGAACUGCCAGUUUUCUCCUAAUUUCUUUAUCUUGACUUCAGAAAUCCCAAAAUCCAUUAGGCAUUGAUUUUAAUCUUUAUUUAGGAUUCACAUGUAGCUAAUCUUGUUCAAAUUCCCUCUGCCUCCUUAUUUUCCUCCCCCCUCUUUUCCUUCUGUCAGCCCUUCAUUUUUCAUCAGUUUGCCUUAAAGGCCCAGAUUGGAUGAGUCAGUGAUUCCAACCUGUAUUUGCUUAGAUACCAACUCCCUUUUAGGGAUAGCAAUAUCAUGCUUUAGCUCAGUAGGCAGUCAUGCUUUUUGAACAAUUUUGACAUCUGGAACUUUCUUUUAUUAGAUAUUGACCGCUGCACUCCUCUCUAUUUGAAAAAAUCAUGCUCUCUAGGUUUGCUUUUUAAAAAACCAACAAAACAAACAAACCAAAAAAAAACCAACACAAAACCCCCAGCUCUUGGCUGCACUGAUAUCACCAAUACAAUGAAGAGUUAGAGUGGUUUAAUCAUUUUCCUUUCUUGUCUACUUGUCAGUUGUUCAUUCAUUUUUGGUCACUUGAACAUCUAUCUAUUUCCCUUCCUGCCUCCCACUGGUCCUCCCCUCCUCCUCACUCCCAGGGAACCUUAACACUGGCAUUGCCAGACCUCAUGGCUCUGAAUUUUGGUUUGUUUGACUUGACAGUUUGGAGGGAAGCUAAUACUAUGUCUUUUCCUUGCUAAGUAAAGAACAAACUGCAGGCACCUGGAAUAAGACAGGCUGAAAAGCCUGGUGAGAAGCAGAUCUUUCAUGCUGCCACCGCAGCAGCAUCUGAGUGCUUGCUUGAGCAGGCACAAGAUGCUUCUAAUGCACCAGAAAUGCCACUAUUGCUUGAUGCUCUGGAGCAUCCACAUGCAACCACAUGCCCAGAUUAGGGGUCUCUCACUUAGAGGAGGUGAGGAGGGAGGGAACAUUUUCCACUCUGCUUAAUUCUGUCUUCAUCUGUAAAGCCAGGAGAAAGCUGGAAGGGGAACACAUGAUGGUAUUGUUCUGUGUUAUUUUUUUUUCUAAUUAGCCAAAGUAUUGGAAAUGCUUCUGUCUCUUUAAAAUGGUGUGGUAUUUUGUGCUGUGACUAUUACUGUACGUGAAGUUAUUUGAGUGAACAGAAUAACUUCAUGUGUGUUGAGGUGUGAGGUGACCUCAUUAUUCCUAAAUCUGUUCCUUUUUUGUAGCACUUUUUAUUCAGCUCUGCUCUUUCAGCUGCUCGAGUGUUUUUAUUUCUGCUCUGGUUGUGUAACAGAUUUUUUUUAAAAUUUCAGAAUCAUAGCAACAUAAAUUGGUUAGUUGAGCCAACCUGGCAGAAAUUAGCUGCUCAUAAAUAAGACAAUAAUAGAGCAAGAUUAAACAGGUUUUGUGGCUUAAUAGAAUAAGAAGCUAUACUUGCCAGAUUUUACUUUGAUGCAAGGAUGUUGAUUAAUGCAAGAGAUGUUUCAUUCCAAUCAAGACUUCUGUUAAAGACAUUUUAAAAAAUUAUCAUUUUGCCAUUGCUUGCACAGUCAGAACUUCAGAGAGGUGUUGUGUUGAACACUUCGGCAAAUUGGCGUUCCCUGUCUGCCUUCAGAAGAGCAUGUCCUGGGGAGCACUGGCACUCUGCAGUCAGUGCUUGCUCUGGGGCAGAGGUGCAUAUCUCCAGGGAGACGCUGCUCCCUUCAGUGCUUUCUGCUUUUGCUGUCACUGAGGACUGUGCUGUUGGGACUUUUAUCUGGAAAUGAGGCACCUGUCCACUCACAAAGAAAAGAAAAAGUAUUUCUCAAAGUUCACUUGGUGGUCUCCAGGCAGCCUUGGUGGUCGUACUGAGUAGAAUUUCUUUGAAGAGACAGAUUAGAGGUGGAUGACUGCAUAUCCCAUUGAAAAUGCCAUAUAUUGAUAAUUUUUAUAUGCUAACUUGAAAGUUUUUCCAUUUAGACCUCCAGCAUUUAAGGGACACAUGAGAGACAAGAUUGCAACUCCGUUGCUUGAGAACUCUCUAUCACCUCCUUAGUUGUUCCUGUGGGACAUGCUUGUCUAGAUAACGGAUCCCAUCUUUUGUAUCCUUAAUCACUCAUCAGAAACUUCCUGGCUCCAGUGGUGUUUACCUAGUUCAUUUUCUGCUGCUCUCUCUUGGUUUCUCAUACUAGCUUCAAUAUUCUCCACUGAUCGCAUUUAGCUCUGGAGCACUUGAGUGAGUUGGUGAUCUGUGGGGUUUUUACUGAGCAGGUAAGUUUUCCGACCAAGUGUGUUUCCCAAGUUUAGUCUAGUGCCUAUGCCAAACCUAUACUUGCAUAAAUAACCUGCAUAUCUACAAUUACAUAUAACAAGUUUUUAGCAGUUCCACUGCCUCCAUUUCUUGUUGCAUUGAAAAUAGGUCCAAAUGAAAUUUUGGCCAGAGGGGCAAAAAUUUUAGUUUGGCAUCAGUGGAUGGGAUUUCUGCCAGUUCAGGUAUGUGAAUUAUGUAAUUAAUAUCUGCUAAUGUAAAAGCAAAACACACCAUAUGUGUUUUAGGGGCUUUACAUGAACUGGAGUUGUUUGGGGAAUAACUAGGACCUUUUAAAUGCCUACUGCAUUGCGCUUUUCAUCUAUCAAGACCUAUUUGCAGGCAAGCCAGUUGAAGGAAAACAUUUUAUUUUUGUCUUUAAACUUUGCAUUGAGCUUAAUUUUGUCACUUCACCAUUUAACCCUCUUUCAUUUAAUAUUUUGACAUAUAACAAAAGCUUGUGUUUCAAUUUUCAACCCUGCUUAAACAGAGAAAGGCUAUGGCAAUGGUGGCAGGCAGUUCAGAUGUGACUGAGAUAAAGCUGAUAUUAGGAAGUUAUAGGGAGAGUGGUUUCUGCCUCUUCAUUGCCAGAUUGUCCACCACUUAUCUUCAUGUCUGUUGUCUGAGUGAUGCUGCUUCUCAGCUGUUGCUACGAAAAGUCCUUUGAUAACCUUGUGUGAUGAUUAAAUGGUACUAAUUAUCCCCACCUAGGAGGCUGUUUCAUGGUCAUUCAGGCAUCUCCAACUUUGAUGGUAGAUUAUGUUAUCCCUGUAAGAGGUACCUCUUGACACCUAUGCAUUACCAUAUUGUAAUGUCCAUCUGUUGGUUUUCAAGGUGGAUCUUAGUCAUGGGGUUCAAAUCGAAAAGACUGCAAAGGACCUGAACAGCUGCAGAAUGUGCUCAGGGAAGUGACCACAGCUAUGAUCCACAGAGUUUCUGCUCAGGUACCUGUGCAGUCUUUCGGAUGAUCCCGAGCCCUUCUGUGAGCUCUCAUGGUCUGAAUUAAUCCUGGCUUGCUGGUUAUUUGGAGGGAUGCUAGAUCUAGUGCAGUGUUGUGGGAGGAAGGCUUGAGGGGGCUGCGUGAGGUGAUUUAUUGUCUGCAGAGAAUCUUGGUCUGUCAGGUGCUGGAGUGGCAUAAGCAGCCCUUAUAGAUGGGUCAAAAUACCAUGCAUUUUGUCAAACCAAAGUAGUUUCAUCUUCCUAUUCUUUUUUUUUUUAGCUCUUUUUAAUUAAAAUGAAAUUGGGCAGAAGUGAUUCUCUUGGUUCCUGAGAAUGUUGCAUUAGUGAAAUAAAAUGUCUCUAAAGAAAGAAGUUGCUAAAGUCAUUAUUACACAUAAAUCUUGAUAUAUCUACCAAAAAAAAAACUUGCCAUGAGAUGCCUCAGAGGAGAAAGCAACAGGGGGGAUAUAACUCUCAAGCUUUUUAUUUUAUCUUCUCUCAUUUACAGUUCAAUCCCAUUUGUCUGUGUUUUAUGCAAAUUAUUCUGUAUGUCUAUAUUUCCAAUGCUUAGAAAGAAGGGGUUGCUAAGCAGCCUAAGAUUGUUCAAUGUUUUUCCAAAUACAUGUUUUUAAUUGACUUGACAGAGGGAAAUUUGAGAAAUCUGAUAUUAGUAAAUGCACUAUGUACAACAGAUUAAUUAAAAUUUUCCCCUGUUAAAGGCUUUAUCUUCUGACUUAAAAAGUCUCUGCAAUUGAUAUGCAAAUGCCAAGGACCUCUGUUGAAACUGGAUAAAAACCAUAAAGUUUUGUUUCACAUUGAGAAAGUAUAGUCUUUCUCUAGAUCUUGAAUUUCCUGAGAAGCACUUUUUGGUCUUAACACCAUCAGGAUGUGAAAGCGUAAGCAUAAACACUUGUUGUUGAUCUUUGGGUAAAACUUGUAAGACAUGAUUUUGAACAAACACCAUGCAAGAAUUGAAAAGACAUCAUUAAAACAUUAAUUUCCUGUUGUGGAUUUUACUGCAUGAUGGUUCCCAAGAGAAUUGAAAAUUAGACCUCCAUUUGUAUGCCAAACUACAGAUCUGAGAGCCUAUCUUUACUGGGUAUAUUUUCCCUUAAAUCCUAUUGCAAAUGUGUGUUUGUAGAAGACCGGCAUCUCUGCGAGUGGAGCUACUGGAUCCAUGGGAAGUUUUAUCCAGAGCACAGAGAAGUACUGUAGUAGGCUUUGACUCAGCUGGUGUUGAUUGAGAACUGCAUAAUGAAGCCUUUUUGGGGUUUUAUAUUCAAAAUUUUAUUGCUUUCUAAGAGGAAUUUGCAUCAUUGUUGCUUCUUUUAUGGUGAAUAAAGUCUGCUUAAUGCUUGUCUCCAUUUCAUGGUACUAUAGGAUGCUUCAGAAAAUACUAAUGUCUGGCACAAAUUUUCUUGGAAAAUGCAGCCUCCUGAUUUCAUGGUAGCUAUUGACAUUAAAUUGUUCUUGUAAAAGUAAAAACAUGGAUAAUACUAUAAUGUCAGGAAUUUUCUUACUUUUUUAAAGCCCCUGCUGUUAUUCAUAACACCUAUAAAGCGUUGCCCAGUAUCCCCAGUAUACCUUAUUUCCCUUGUGGGACAAGUAAGCUACUUUUGGCUUUGUAGCUGGGGAAGACUGAGCAAAAAGCAAUUACAUAAACUAAUAUAUCAAAUGUAAGAUCACCUGGAAUGUCUUAGCUGUCAAUCUGAAAUCACUUUGACUCUUGCUGGUUAAAAUCUCCCUUAGCAUUUUCCCCAGGGAGAGCGCUAAGAACAGGGUGCUGAAGUACAUGCCCAGCCUUAUUUCUAAGGCUGUUCCUACAAGUUUCCUAUCAUGUUACAAUAUGUCCUUCAGAGUUCUCUUAAAAGCAGCAACAAAAAAAAAAAAGGCAAACAAGCCCUUCUCUUUGGUGAUUUCAUGGCUUUUGUUUCUUCCUCAGAGAAGAUCAAGUCUGGAGUUUUUCUGACUUCGUCUGAAAUUGUAGGCAUGAUCAAUUUGUUUAAGAAACCUUACAAGAAAAAGGCAGGCAAAUUCCAGCCUUUCAAGAAGCUCUUCAGCAAGAGGAAGAAAAGAGAGCCUGCCUCAGACUGUGAGGAACCCAAGCUGAAGCCCAGCCACUCCUUCAGCAAUAUCUGCAACGGCACCCUCUCCUCCGAUGAAGAGCCAAACAGUGGGCUGAGAUCCUCCCAUUAUUCUAUGGGCAGUCGAGCUUUUUCCCAUGACAGUAUUUUUAUACCUGAUGGGAGAACAGAAGGUGAACAGGCCAUUCAAGCAAUGUCACAGGAGAACGUUUUAGGAAAAGUCAAAACUCUUCAGCAACAGUUGGCCAAGAAUAUAAAAUUUGGGCAGCCUCCACAAAUGACAGUUUCUGCGAGGACAAUGGGGGAAGCAAACACUAGUAUAGAAGAGGAUGUGUUGCUCAGCAGCCCCAUGGAGAUUGAGACUCAGCAGGUCACAGUGAUCUCAGGCAGUGGUAAUAAAUGCACUGACACACCAGAUUUCUUGAGAAUGCUAAAUUUGCCUGGAACAGGACAUGAAGUGGAAGAAAAGGUCACUCCAGUCAAAUCAACUCGGCCAAAAAGACAAUUUUCCUGUUCUGGUACAAUUGAAACAAUCAAUUUGGAUUCAGUUCCCCAGGCUGUUGCUCGUCUAGACAACAGUGCAGCUAAGCACAAGCUGUCAGUGAAGCCAAAAAAGCAGAGGGUAUCAGGAAAGCACAAGAGACUAACAAAGGGAUCACAAAGUUUAACAAUAACAGAAUUUGAGCCAGAGGACCUGGAAACUCAGCUGUAUGAAGACAUAUAUCCAGGUUAUAAUGGACACUUCAUAGCAGACAAGCUAAUCCAGGGCAGAAAUGAGCAGAAGCAGCUUCAGCUUGCAGAGGAAAAAAGAAUUGAAGAUCACUGGGGGAUCCUUGAGGCUGAAAGGAUAAGACAGAUUGUAGAAAUGGAUGAACAAAGAGAAAUGGAAGAAAAAAGGUGCCAAGAACUUGAACAGAUGCGCAAAGAACAGGAGAAAAGGUGUUGUGAAGAAGAGAGGAGGCAGUAUCUCCUUGAGAGAGAGAUAUCUUUGGAAACAGAAGAGCAAACAUGCUAUAAAGAGGAGAGAAGACUGAUAGAGACUGAAAAGAGGCAAGAGCUGGAGAAGAUGAGGUGUCAGGAACUCGAGAAGCAAAGGCAGAAGGAGUUGGAGGAGCAACAAAGUCAAGAGCUGGAGGUGCAAAAGCUCAAGGAACAAGAAGAGCAACAGAGACAAGAGCUGGAGGUGCAAAAGCUCAAGGAACAGGAGGAGCAACAGAGACAAGAGCUGGAGGUGCCAAAGCUCAAGGAACAGGAGGAGCAACAGAGACAAGAGCUGGAGGUGCAAAAGCUCAGGGAACAGGAGGAGCAACAGAGACAAGAGCUGGAGGUGCAAAAGCUCAGGGAACAGGAGGAGCAACAGAGACAAGAGCUGGAGGUGCAGAAGCUCAAGGAACGGGAGGAGCAACAGAGACGAGAGCUGGAGGUGCGGAAGCUCAAGGAACAAGAAGAGCAAAAGAGACAAGAGCUGGAGGACCAGAGGUGUAGGGAACGGGAGGAACAUCAGAGACAAGAGCUAGAUGAACGGAAGCACUGGGAACAGGAGGAGCAGAGACAUAAGGAAUUGGAGGAGCAGAGACAUAAGGAAUUGGAGGAGCAGAGACAUAAGGAAUUGGAGGAGCAGAGGCAUCAGGAAUUGGAGGAGCAGAGGUAUCAGGAAUGGGAAGAGAAGAAGUGCAAAGAGCUGGAGGAGAAGCAGAGACAAGAGGUGAAGGAGCAGAAGAGGAUAGCGCUGGAAGAAUUAGGGCAACACAGGACUGAAAAAGAGUGUCAAGAGGAAGAAGAAAGAAAUUGGCUGGAGGAACCAAAAGUACUCAAGGAACAAAAUAAGGAAGAAAUACAGAGAGGAGACCUAGAAGAGAAAGAGCUUCAAGUCACUGAAAUAAAACUGAAGGAGAAAGAACCUGAGAGCCUCAAACAAGAGAAAAAACAGGAGGAACAAAGGCAUUUGAAGGAGAAAGGAGAAAAGACAGAUAAGGAACAACCCCAGCAAGUAAUAGACAAGAAAAAGAAACGGGAAGAGCAGAGGAAACACAAGCUCACAAAACAAAUGCACAUGGAAAGUUCAGAGGGUGUGCCACAAGAUGAACUGAAGCAGCAGAAGGAACAAAAUGGACAAGAAUGGAAUGAGCUGAAAGAGCAGAAGACAGACACAGAAGGACAAAAUCUUCAGCAAACCCAAGAAAUAUCCUCGGAACAGCCACAAGACAAGGAUCAGUUCUGUUCCGGAGGGGCUGAUAGGCAUCCAACAGAGGAGAAGCUCCAAGAAGGAUCAAGAGCCCAAAAUCUCAAACAGCCAGAAAAAGGGAAUAAAACAGCAGAAGAAAUGCUAGCCCAGAAACUGAAGAGAGAUGUUGAAGCUCAGGAGCAAAAGCGCAUAGGGGAAGAACUUCGGUGGCAAGAGGUAGAUGAAAGACAAACUGCAUCCAGACCCUUCACAUUUCAAGUGUCUUCUGGAGAUAAACAGAUCAUAUUUCAGAAAGUAAAUCUGAGUCCUGUCACACCCACCAAAGGAACAGGACUCUCUUCUCCAUCUGUCAAAGACUGUAGGGUGCACACCAUCAGUAAGGGCUCUCACACCCUCCCGUCAUCUGCGUGUGUACCCCACACAGCUAUUUUGGUUACUGGAGCACAGCUGUGUGGCACAGCAGUUAACCUGAACCAGAUUAAGGACACGGCUUGCAAAUCAUUACUUGGCUUAACAGAAGAGAGGAAAAAUGUGGAAAUUCCUUCACCAGAGAAGUCCCAGAAAAAAAAACAGGAUCCCAAACCUAGCAGCAGUAAAAUUAAACACGCUCAAGAGACAUUGAACAACCAGGCCGUACUAGCUGAGUGGGCCUCUAUUCGCUCCAGAAUACUGAAGAAUGCAGAAAACAACAAAUAUAAUGAGAGAGACCGAGUAAGUGUCUGCAGGCACAGUGAUGACUGGACACCCCGAGGACGGGGUGCUCCCCAUGGUAAUUUAAGGAAAACCCUUUCUGCAAAUGCAAAGUUCUCAAUAACACCAGCAUGGCAGAAAUUUUCAGAAGUUUCAAGAAUCAGUUCAGACCCUGAGAAUGUAAGUGUGGCAAAAGGUAAUGUGGGGAGAAACACUGGCUCAUCUGCUGAUUUGAAGGAGGAUGUGGCUACCACUUUUAAGGACAAUUUAGUUGAAAAGGCUAAGGAGAAAGUGGAAACCCAUAGUGAAGUGACAGACAAUACAGAAGGCUGUAAAUUUGCAAAAGAUCUUCCAUCUUUUCUUGUUCCAAGUUUUCCUCAUUCUCCAGGUAAAGAAUUACCUAAGCCAGAACUUCCCAGUGCUCUGGAAAAUCAGCAAAAUAACAGCACAAAAAAAGCAGAUAAACCGUCACCAAAUGGAGAAGAAAAUGUUUCUCCUUUUGGGAUAAAGUUACGAAGGACAAACUACUCUUUACGUUUCCAUUAUGAUCAACAGGCAGAGCAAAGGAAAAAGAAAAGAUACAGUGCAGGAGACAGUUUUGACGGUGUGCCUGACCCACUCACCUCAACAGAAGGUGAGAAAGAAUCCGCUGUUUUUGCUCCACAAGAGAGUACAUCCCCUGACAUGGGGAGAGCAAAUGUCCCCGGUAAUUUAAAAGACUCUUCAAUUACUGUGACUGAGUUUUCACAGCCAGUGGGCACACCAGCGAUCCCACCAGCGACUGGCCAGAGCGCUUUAUCUGCUCAUGAGAAACCAGCAUGCAAGUCAGUGGUCCCACAGAAACCUGCUAUAGCUCCAAAGCCCACCAGCCAAACCCCACCAUCAUCUCCUCUCUCUAAAAUGAACAGAUCAAACCUAUCUGAAAUGCUGGGGCAAAGGGUGGCUAAAGCUGAAUCAGAUGGUGGCUGGAGAAAAGAAGACAGAGCAAAUGCAGUGCAGCUCACACCAUCCGAUGAGUACAAAAAUGAAGAGGAAGAAAUCAAAGAAAAGAAGUCAUUUUUCCCAUCUCUAAGUAUUCCAUGGAGAGAAAAAAAUGACAAAAAGCCUGAGCCAUUGAAGAAAGAAAAGCCUGUCCUCCAGAGCAGGCACUCUUUAGAUGGCUCUAAAUUGAUGGAAAAAGUGGAAACUUCACAACCGCUUUGGAUUACAUUGGCACUGCAAAAGCAAAAGGGAUUUCGUGAGCAGCAAGCCACAAGGGAAGAGAGGAGACAAGCUAGAGAGGCAAAGCAAGCAGAGAAGUUGGCUAAAGAAAAUGCUGCUGUAAGUAAUCAGUCAGAUAAUAAAAGUAGCAGCAGCAAAACGAGCACACUGCAGAAAUCUACAACUCAAGAAGGGGAGAAGAAAACUGAGACUGCUGUGUCAAGACUAGAAAGAAGGGAGCAGCUAAAAAAGUCAAACACCCUUCCAACAUCUGUGACAGUGGAAAUUUCAGACUCUGUUCCAUCAACCCCACUGACAAAAGAGGUGGCCAAGAGAUUCUCUACGCCUGAUGCUAACCCUGUGUCAACAGAACCAGCCUGGCUUGCAUUAGCCAAGAGGAAAGCAAAAGCCUGGAGUGACUGUCCACAGAUCAUAAAGUAAACUGUAAAACUACAUCUCUAUUGCUAUUAAUUGCUUUCUUUUAUUUAUUCUGCAUUUUACACAUGACAAAAUUGAAAAUGCAUGUAUGGAAGGACUGAAAAUUGAACUGAUUACCAUUUUGCUCUAGCUCACUGUUAAGCCUACUCAAGUCAUAUAUUCCAUUGCUUUGACAAAUAGCUAAAUGAGGUCAUGGCAAAAAUUUCACAGCCAGACUCUCAAAAACUUAAAAAUGCUCAGAUACUGGAUGUAAAUUUUAGUGAGUAUCGUAAUAAGGGCCAGAACUUCAGUUCAGAUGCUUCUUAAAUUCUGUGGGUACUCGGUUCUGGAAUUUUAGAUCUCUAUACUUUAAUCGAGAUCUCAGAAUUUUUUUUCAGCAGUCUGUUGUUAAAAUUAAAGCAAGAUGCAUGUUCCCUUCUCUUAUUCAUAAUUUUAAAAAAAAUGUUAAACUGUAUGAACUGUCAGUUCUGCCUGCUAUUUGAAAGCUUUUUCCCUAAUGAAGAACUUCGGGAUAUACUGUUCUACAUGCAAAUAAUAAGCAGAAAGAUGGUACCAUCCAAAUGCUGAGGUAAUUUCUUCCAUUGUAGUAUUAAUAUACUACAUCUAUAUUCCCUCAUUCCUAGGAAGAAAACAAUUAAUCCUACUUUAAAAACCCCACAGUUAUUUAAGCAAAUAUCAUUAAGUUUUCAAAAAGAAGCAAAGAAGUCAGUGUUUCUUCUAGUAAUUUAAAUGCAUCACUGUUUGUGCUUGGCCAUAUUUAAGAUGCAUAGAGACAGUGAUUGCAGAUUACAACUUUAAAUCAAUUGAAUGACUGGAAUUAAACUGUUCUACACUGCAAAUGUAGCUGUGGAAUUUGUCUCAGUAAGUUCCCACAGGAGUAAGACUGGCAGAACUGAAGUUAACUGAGAAUGGAAAGCUAAGUCAGUGAGACUCUCAGGAGUUUUAACUCGGCAUUCUUCCCGAUUUUACUCCUGAUUUUACAUGCAACUUCAGGUAGUUCAGAUAACUUCCUGUACUUUGACCAAUACAGCUAGAUCACUUCAGAAAAGGUUACUUACCCCAUCUCAGGUAUCUGCUGUGGCAAUUGAAAACUUUAUUACUUCACCUAACUAAAAUAAAAAUGUUCACUCCCUCUCUCUUACAAAAAAGGAUAAAGUUUAAGAUGUAAUAAAAAUGUCGCUAUCCUCAACAUCCCAUAGAAAUAGCUAGGUCUGCAUUUUUGAAAGUCACGCUAUUAAAUAGUUCACUUGAGUUUGUUUUACAAGGAAGACUUUAAAAAAUCUGAAUAUCUCCUUAUAUCCAUAGGGCUUAAAAGAACCUUUAAGCCUACAACAUCAUAAAAGGAGACAUUUUCAUAAAAUGAAGACAUAUCAUUAUAGAAUGAUGCCACAUAUGCUUCAUGGAAGUGUUUUAGCCAAACUGCUGUAUGCAGCAUAAGGAGUAGCACUUUAUGCAGAAAACAGAAUGAAACCUGCUGUAUCCUCCUGUUCUCAGAAUCAAACAGCAAGUCAUUGUCGAGUACAGCCUUUCCCACCAAACAGUGGCUCCCUAUCAUGGUUACAAUAGCACAAACACAGUGGACGUGAUAGAUUGAGAAGAUAUGCAGCAGCAAAAUGGGCUUUCUUGGUCAAAAGCCAUCAGUUUUGCUCAGUUUCAUAUUUAAAACAGAAUCUCUAAAGUAACUUUUUACUGUUAAUAUAAGUAAUUAUUAUGUUUUAAACAGAAACAGGGCAAUGCUGCUCUCAAAUGCUUAGGAGAAAAAAAACCUUAAUGCCUUCAAUGUCCGAAGAAAGAAUUGGCUCCUUAAUUCUUCUUGCUCUGCUAGCACCAGGAAUUAGUGCAUCUUAAGUUAUAUUUAAGGUUUUUUCCAAGUUUGUUUGCCUGCAGUACCUAUUUGUAAUCUAAACUGCCCGAACCCCAUCUUUACAAUUAUUUCUUGGGAGGGGGAGCCAGGUAGACAUACAGAGAAGGUGAAGUAAAUCAGGAUUAAAAAUACUGGUACUCUGAAAAGCAUAGCAAAGUUAGGUGCUAUUGUGCAUGACAUAAGGAUGCAAUUUUCCAAUACAAUCCAUUUACAGCACAUAGAAUAAGUUUUCAUUAAGGAUGGUCUUAAGCUGAAGCUUCAAAGCAGAGGGUUUUUUUCAACCAUAAAGGUAUCUAGUGUAACAAUGGAAACUGUUACAUGCAGUACUUGAUGGAAACAUUUCUAAAGUGUACACGUGCAACAGUGACAUUUCAUGUUAAAUUAACAAAAAUUUGCACUAAAUACCAACGAAGUGAAGUGUUACUUUGCUUUAGCUUUGUUGCAACCAUUUCUGAUAAAGUAUUGGAAAUCUGUAAAAAUAAACCCAGCUUAAAACAGCAAAAAUAUUUUAAGAACUGAACAAGCCACUAUGUAGUAUAUUGUCUCAAAUUUUUGUAACUUAUACAAACACAAAAUACCAUUUCUUCUGACAAGGUUAUAUAUGAUUAACCUCUAUGUUCAUAUAGUAAUGUAUAAAAACUAUAAGAUGUACAAUUGUGGGGUAUUCGUUGUGUACUUUUUUAAUUUUUCAAAUGUUUUAAAGUGCAAUUGUUUAUUAUACUAAUGUCAUUUUAAUUCUUAUUAAACUAUAACCCAGUCAAAAUUAUCUA